CAGCAACAACAACAACAACAACAACAGCAACAACAACAACAACAACAACAACAACAACAACAACAACAACAACAACAACAACAACAACAACAACAACAACAACAGCAACAACAACAACAACAACAACAACAACAACAACAACAACAACAACAACAACAACAACAACAACAACAACAACAACAACAACAACAACAACAACAACAACAACAACAACAACAACAACAACAACAACAACAACAACAACAACAACAACAACAACAACAACAACAACAACAACAACAACAGCAACAACAACAACAUCAACAACAACAACAUCAACAGCAACAACAACAACAACAACAACAACAACAACAACAAUAACAACAACAACAACAACAACAAUAACAACAACAACAACAACAACAACAACAACAACAACAACAACAACAACAACAACAACAACAACAACAACAACAACAACAACAACAACAACAACAACAACAACAACAACAACAACAACAACAACAACAACAACAACAACAACAACAACAACAACAACAACAACAACAACAACAACAACAACAACAACAACACCAACAA